AUGUUUUGGGGUAGUGCUAUUGGCAAGUUUGCUGGUCUUGGUAUCUACUCCAAUGGGAUCUUUGGGGGUACCUCUACCGGCAGGUUUGGCCUUGGCAUAUACUCCAAUAAGACGUUUGGGGGUAUUGGUACUGGAAGGUUUGGCCCUGGUACUGGGACUAGCAGGUUUGGCCCUGCUAAUGAUACUGGCAGGUUUGGCCUUGCUAUUGAUACUAACAGGUUUGGCCUUGGCAUAUACUCCAAUGGGAUGUCCAAUGGGAUGUUUGAGGGAACUGAUACUAGCAGGUUUGGCCUUGCUACUGGUACUGACAGGUUUGGCCUUGGCAUAUGCUCCAAUGGGAUGUUUGAGGGAACUAGUACUAGCAGGUUUGGCCCUGAUACUAGGACUAGCAGGUUUGUCCUUGAUACUAGUACUGACAGGUUUGGUCUUGGCAUAUACUCUAAUGGGAUGUUUGAGGAAACUAGUAUUGAUAGGUUUGGCCCUGGUAUUAGGACUAGCAGGUUUGGCCUUGAUACUGGUAUUGGCAGGUUUGGCCUUGACAUAUACUCCAAUGGGAUGUUUGGGGGUACUAGCAUUGGCAAGUUUGACUUUGGCAUCUACUCCAAUGGGAUUUUUAGGGAUACCAGUAUCGGGAACUUUGGCCUUGGCAUUUACUCCUUUGAAAUGUUUGGGGGCUUUUAG